UCGGCUGAGUGCAGGUGGUUUGAUGAUUACUGCUUAACGGUAGAACAGAGAUGCGAUAAUGAUUACUAAAACAAAGCAAUGGAUUAUUUUUUCUAGCGGAAAAAAGAAUGGGCUGAAAUGAAAUUUGUUUAAUUACAGGCUGAAUUCGAAUUAACCAUGUCACGACGGAAAGGACUCAUCCUGCUGGCGGCCAUUUUCCCAGCCCUCAUAUUCCACCUAAGCUCGGCAAGUGGCUGCAUUUUCCUACGCGAUGACCAAAGCAUCCGAUGCCAGAACACCAGCCUGCUGGACAUCAGCGAAUCCUUGCACAUUCUGACCAUGGUGGUCAUGAACAGACCUCAGACCAUUGAUGUGGAAGAUUGCAGCAGCGGUGGGUCCGGAUCCUUGCCAAACAUUUUCUCGGGCAUUUCAAACACCACCAUUGACACGGUCCGGAUCCGACGUUCUGGAAUCCGGCAGGUAGAUCCAGAUGUGUUCUUGCCCAUGGCGGAAUCUCUCAGGGAUCUGGACAUGUCCCACAAUGCUCUGAGGACCGUGCCACCUGCUCUUUCAGUCCUCGAGAAGUUGGAGCAUUUGAACCUCCAGCACAAUCGAAUCGUCUUUCUCAGACCGACAGGUGUGCUGGAUAGAAUGGCAAGUCUGAGGGAGCUGAACUUGGCUCAUAACUACAUCGGUCAAGCAAAAGAUGUCGCAGACGACUUUACGCAGCAGCAUGGAUACCAACUCAAAGCAUCCUUGAAACUGGAGGAUUUUCAUUUGGGCAAAGCCGUCCGAAGCCUGGAAUCUCUUAAUCUGAGAGGUAAUCGUUUGGCGGUUGUACCUCAACAGGUGUCACGUUACAGUUUGCCGCAGCUGCGACAUCUAGACCUCAGCGAAAAUGUCAUCGGAAAAGUAGAAGAACUUUCAACAGCUCUGUUGCCAAAAUUAGAAUUCCUGGAUUUCCAAUCGAACCGAAUACAAAGCCUUCCUUUUUACUCGUUGCCAAUCACUUUAAAAUAUCUUGAUUUAACAGAAAACCCUUUUCACUGUGAAUGCUCGACUUUGUGGAUCUAUGAUUGGUACAUGACCAACACUACCAUCAUUCGCUUACCAACAUGUAAUGCCCCAGAUGAAUACAAGGAUGUCUUCCUGAACAAGCUUCCGUGGUCUUCAAUAUGUGCUGAAAAUAAUUCUACUUUUCCUUUUCGAUACUGGGCAAAAGGAUUUCGUGACUACGACGUCAUACAGCUGGUCAGCAGUGCUUCGUCCGUCACUGUCACGUGGAAGGUGCAUGACCCGAAGCUCAGAAAUGGCGGUGACAAUCGAAAAUGGGCCAUCGUCUACCGUCGCGCAACCGACAGCCCAUACCAGAUGACACUCGUACCAACACAGCAACCAAUCACCAGCGAAACUGUCUACACCCAACGGAUAGCUGGUCUGAAGCCACACACGAGCUACGUCGUCUGCGUUGCGAUCGCCCAAGAUGGUAAAUAUACCAUUGAACCAAACAAAUGUCGCAAAGUUGCGACUCGCACGUUGCUAGACAUUGGUGAAGUGGACGACAAUGCCUUGGGACCUGAUGGUGCUGCAUUGAUGAGUGGCGACAACAUCAGCACAGAAGUAGAAGAAGUGACAGUGUCUGCCACGGCCAUCAACAUUCGAUGGCAGCUGAAAGUGCUAGAAUCUCACAUUCCAAAAGACGAACCAGUGUCGCUCCGCCACGAGUGGACGAUUCGCAUCAGGCGAACGGGUUCUGACAACUACACCGACAUUCCUGUCUACGAUAUUACAGCUGCUAGCGAGACAAACGGUCAAAUGUACGAAUAUGGAAUAACAGACCUUGCUUCUCAAACACAUUACGAUGUGUGCCUAAUUGAUGUGGAACACAGACCUAUAGGAGACAGGAUUACCGCCACGCCUUUGGACAUCUUGCAAACAUAUCAACCACAAAUUAAUGAAACGGCCUCAUGUUCCACCGUGCAAACAUCCAGCAAUUACAUGUUAUAUGCCACAGAGAUAGCCGCGAUCGCAAUAGCCUGUGCCAUCUGUUUCAUAGUCAGCGGAGUGACAAUCUUCUUGUGCAGGCAAAAGCGGCUGCUAAAAUUUAAACCAGACAAAUUGAGAAAGUGGUUCUCUAAAGGGUGCAAAGAAAGACCACCAUCUGUCGGUUGUAACAAGUACGUUGUCACUACAAUACCCAGAGUGCGCUGUGAUCAACCGACGGUGAACGAAAGGACGAUAGACAGAAAUUUCGCAGAAUCGUGGAAUUCCCUUAGGUUGCCAUAUACAGAUUUUUCAAAUCCCGAUAGGCCACAGUUCAGCAGUUUUAGGACUAUUGGCUACAAGGACGCUUUGACGUCAGUAACUAUUUAUAAAUCGGGACAUUCAGAAUGUUGAAAAAUCUAACCCGAAAAUCAUCAAGUAAAAUUUAUUUUACACGAAAUGAUUGAAAACUUUUGGCAAUGAAACAUAUGUUUGAAGAACACUGAUUUACUAUGCCAGUAAAGCAGAUUUUAUUUAAGUACCUUACAUGACUCGAGAGAAAUUGUAAAAUAUUUUGCAAUAAAGUAUAGAAAUGGUGCUGUAAACUUUCGUCGUGCCACAAUCAUUUCAAGCAUUCACAUAGCCAAUGUCAGCGAAAUAUCCAAACAGUUCAUUGAAAGUUACCAAACUUUUUAAGUAAAAUAAUUUUUUAAAAAUGUGAUUUAAACAGCGAGACAGAAAGAAACGUAAAAGCGAAGC